UUUGAGAGGAGGACUUAGCCUAGCCCUGGUCAUCUGGUCCGGAGUUUGCUAGUGAGCAAUAGAAGGGGAGGCAUUGCCUGAGGCCCAGAAUAAGGGGCUCACUCAGCAUCUGAGCCCUGAGGCUGGUCCAGGUAAUCAAAGGUUGCCUUGUUUUGUGCCCCCACCCCUCCCCUACCCCACACAAGGAAAUUCCAAGAUGAAUUUCUAUACUUGCUCUAGUUCUGUCCCUGGGGACAAUGGGAGAUAGCAAAGUACCAGAGUCCAGAUAACUUAGCUGACUCAAAAGAUGAUGGAAUUGAAUAUCUUGGCCUCAGAUGGUUGGCGAGGGGAGGGGUGACUCACUUGGAGUGGCCUGGUUUGCUUUGGGGCCCAUCUGGGGGCAUUUUCUUAGACUGAUUGCUCUUACCUUGGAAGUGCUUCUGGCUGCCAAUCUGGAUGGUGAGUGUGGUGGGGGAAGUUUGGUUUAGGGCGGAGACAAGGCUUGAGAACACAGGUUUCCUUGUGUCUCAGAAGGGGAGGAGGGGAGGGAUGGCAAGAGGAAAGAGACCCCACUUGUUUGCUUGCUCACAAUCCAUGAUGGCGGGGUCUGCACUGUUUCUUGUCAUCUUCUUGCUGUGUGCUUUCCCGGGGCCUGGAGGGGCAGGCCGCCCCAUGCCCAAGCUGGCUGAAAGGAAACUCUGUGCGGAUGAGGAAUGCAGCCGUAAGAGUGGGGGAACCCAGGAGUUGGGGGUUUGGGUUGGUGGAUUGUGUGGAAACUGUUGUCAUUUCCCUUCUAUUCCUUCCCCAGACCCCAUUUCUAUGGCGGUGGCCCUUCAGGACUACGUGGCCCCCGACUGCCGAUUCCUGACCAUACACAGGGGCCAAAUUGUGUAUGUCUUCUCCAAGCUGAAAGGCCGUGGCCGCCUCUUCUGGGGAGGAAGUGUCCAGGGAGAAUAUUAUGGAGAUCUGGCUGCUCGUCUGGGCUAUUUCCCCAGUAGUAUUGUCCGAGAGGACCAGACUCUGAAACCUGGCAAAGUUGAUGUGAAGACAGAUAAAUGGGAUUUCUACUGCCAGUGAACUCAGCCUACCACUGUCUCUGCUGUGCUUUAAGCAAAAUAUAUCAGCCCAGUGCAACUGCC